UUUCUCGCUCCGCUCGCAGCAAAAGCAGAACGAUGGCAGAAGUCGCUCCCGCUCCAGCCGCCGCGCCGGCCAAAGUUCCCAAGAAGAAAAGCGCUGCCCGGCCCAAGAAAGCCGGCCCCAGCGUCGGCGAGCUCAUCGUCAAGGCUGUUUCUCAGUCCAAGGAGAGGAGCGGUGUGUCUCUCGCCGCCCUCAAGAAAGCCCUGGCCGCCGGCGGCUACGACGUGGAGAAGAAAAACUCCCGCGUUAAGCUCGCCGUCAAGAGCCUCGUGGUGAAGGGCACCCUGGUGCAGACCAAAGGCACCGGUGCGUCAGGCUCCUUCAAGCUCAACAAGAAGCAAGCUGAGGCCAAGAAGAAGCCGGCAAAGAAAGCAGCGACCAAACCCAAGAAAGCGGCCGCCAAAAAGCCCGCCGCGGCCAAGAAGCCCAAGAAGGUAGGGGCGAAGAAGCCCGCGGCCGCCAAGAAGUCGCCGAAAAAAGCUAAAACGGUAGCGGCGAAGAAGCCCGCGGCCGCCAAGAAAGUCGCCAAGUCUCCCAAGAAAGCCAAGAAGCCGGCGGCCCCGAAGAAGACGGCCAAGAGCCCGAAGAAAACAAAGGCUGUUAAGCCCAAAGCUGCCAAGCCCAAGACGGCGAAAAAGGCGGCUCCCAAGAAGAAGUAAACGUGCUGUUUACCUUCAUGUCCUGUUUUUCCUAUUGAAAAAACGGCUCUUUUAAGAGCCACCCACAUUUUCCUCUCAGAGUUAGAUUUUCCUUCGUGCUGCACUCAAAAGCUUGUCAUUACUAGUUAGUAGUGAUAUUAUAGGAAACUGCCAGGCUCGUCAUUAUAAUCGAGUUGCCGUUUGCAUUUACAUGGAUGAGAGUAGGAGCGGAAAUGGGGUAGAAAAGCAGCGAGGAAACAGGGACUUUCUUUCUUUCUUUCAUUCUUUGUCUUUAUCUCUUUCUCUCAGUUCAGUUUAGGCUUACAUUUGUACUGUUAAAGCGCUGCAAAAAUUCUAUAUCAAAAGGUAAUAAUAAUUACAAAACCGAGAUUGAUAGCAAAAAACAAUUAACAAGAGAAAGUUUUAUCAAUUAAUAAUAAAAAAGUAUGAACAAUAAUAAA